CUGAAACUAGGCCUUCUUGCAACAAACAACAGCAGCUGCCACCAUGGAGCAGGAGAAGCCGCCGCCUUCGGCGACCGUCCGACAACAAGCCGGCCAAUGCCUCUACAAGGAGGAAGGCCUGCUGCGGCCUCCGCGGAGGACGAACGCUGUCGUCUGGUGCUUCGCCAUCUUCUGCUCAAUCUGCAGCCUCCUGCUCAUACUCGCCAGCGUCAUCACCCUUAUCGUCUUCCUCGCCGUGAAGCCCGAACACCCUUCUUUCGAUAUCGCAAACGCGAGCCUCAACAGCAUCUACAUCGACUCGCUGAGCUUGCUCAAUGGAGAACUCUUCAUCCUUGCCAAUUUCACGAACCCAACUCAGAGAAUCGAUGUUGGGUUCGAGUAUUUGAACAUCGAGCUCCUCUUCCAUGGCACGCUGAUCGCUGCCCGGGCGAUCAAACCUUUUGAGCAGAGGAGCGGGGGGUCGAGGCUGCAGACGAUACAGAUGGUGUCGAGCGAGGUCCCUCUGCCGCCGAUGGUCUUGUUGGAACUCCAGCGGCAGGUGAGGAACAACAGAAUUCAGUAUGAGAUCAGGGGGAACUUCAAAACUAGAGCAGGGUUGGGGCUGAGCCAAAUCACGUACUGGGUCAAUAGACAGUGCUUGGUUGAGCUCACAAGCCCACCUAAUGGAGUCUUGGUCGGCCGUAGCUGCAGAACGAAUUAAUGGAAAUUUUCUCUUUUUCUCUUCGUUUUUCUCAUUUCCUCUUCUAUGCCUGGGAAUGCAGGGUAUUUGUUUUGUACACAAAAGCUAUAAAAAUGGCGGUCAAUGCAAAAGCCAAAAUUCUUUGGUUGUAAGAGAAGAAAAGAUCAACCAAAAGAAGAAGAUGUUCAGGGCAUGCAAUCCACAUAGAUUAUUUCUGUUACAGUUGAAAUUUAUGAUACCAAAUGUAUUUUUCUGCACAUUGAAAUGAAGAAAAAUAAUGGCAGCA